UCAAAUCGGUUGUCAAUGGUAACCGAACUAGCAGCGCGGUCUCGUGUAGCUCCACCCAAUUCUCGUUUCAUCCCUUUCAACAAACAUCGAACCGCAAAGCUGAAGAUGGCGGAACAAAACACAGAAAAGGGAAUGGCUAUAUUUUUGGAUGUAUUUCGUCGAGCAGAUAGAAAUGACGAUGGUGCAAUAUCUUGGACAGAAUUCCUUGGAUUUUUUGCUGAUGGUGUUAUGGGGAAAGAAGAACUCAAAGCUUUGUUUGAUGAAAUUGAUACACAUAAUACCAAUAACAUUGAUACGGAAGAGCUCUGUGCUUACUUCUCUUUACAUCUUGGAGCGUUUAAAGAUAUUUAUGCUGUACUUGAUGACCUCAACUCCAAUAUGACCAGUGUCUUAUUUUCUACCUCUCAAACAUACAAAGACUCAUCUCGAAAGGAACAGUUUGUGACCAGAUUUUUACUGCAUGAGAUUCUGAAUCAGUUUACUGCUGUUCAACGAGCGAUGGAGAAUGCUUCUGAUGCUUUAGAUGAACAAGCUAGAGAACAAAAUGAAGAUAUUGUUCCAGUCAUGAUGGAUACUCCUUCAAAGGUAGUAAACACAGCUAUUGUCCCCGGUCGUGUAGCCAGAAGAGCAAGGCGCCAGAUGUCAAUGCCAAAUCCCUCAUCUAGCAGCAAUGUAACUGAGACAGAAUUUGGUGGAAACGUUUCACAGACCACUCUAUCUACACAACUGUAUCGACUGUCAAGUCUGGUUGACAGACUGGAGAACAGAAUCAAUUUCGAUGGGUUUGUUGAUGAAGAAGUGGAUGUGCAGGAUGAUGGUGAGAUAAUCCUUCUGCAGAGAAAUUUCAGCAUAAAAUUGGAUUCCAAGGAAACUUUUAAAAACAAAAUGCGAAACUAUAUUGAAGCCCUCCAUAAAAUAUCUGGUUGUUUAAACUCCAGUGUACGCAGUUUCAAAAACAGUGGCAAGUUAACCCUUUAUGAAGUUUGGAGUUCUGAGUUCCAGCAAGCAAGGUUUGCUGAGAGCAUUGAAUGGAAAACUUUUGAGGAACAAACUUCUGAGAUGUUGGAUGAUGAAAUUGAAGUCAAGACAAUGAAUAUUCCAGACAAUGGUGUAUGCCUGACAAAAAAAACACAACAAAAAAUCAAUGAAAAUUACCGCAUUGGUGGCAGAAGAGUUUCUGAAGUGAUCGACCCACAUAUUUUGACCCUGGCAGCCAAUCUUUGACUCUGAUUAGCUAGCUAGUAGCUAGCCUAUUGUAAUUUGUAUUGUAAAGAAAUAGAAAAAAACCCCAAAAAACAAAGAAAAGCAUCAUGGAAGUUAGUGAAGCAUUAUUAUUCUUAAAGUGAAUGCCAAAUUGUGACAUUACUUCUACUUAUUGGUCCCUUCAUUACAUCCUUCUUCCAUGCAAUUUAUGUGUUGGUCAGAACCAUACCCAUUAUUACCAUUAUAGGACUUAUAAGUAUGCUUUCAGUGGCUUUCAUUUUAUGUGUUACUUGUUAUUGUUGUUGUGUGUGGAGACAACUCCCAAUCAUUUUUUCCUGAGAAAUUUUCCACCAUCACUGUAUAUGGAGUAGUCUAUGCAUGUGUGUGUGUGUGUGUGUGUGCAUUAUAUAUUUAUAUAAAAUAUAUAGCACAAAACUGCCCUGUGACAAACUUCUGUUUUUAUGUCCAGAAUAUGUUUGGAACAGUCUUACAUUCUUUAAAUGAAGAUCUUAAUUUAACUAAAUGUUACUAAUGAUGGGGGAGAAUAAAAACAGUUAGCUAUGAUAAUUAACCUAUUUAAAAGCAUUUAAUUAUUACAGUAAUUUUGUAAAGUCAAGGUAUGUAUAAAUGUGUGUGUGUAUGUGUGUGAGAGAGAGAGAAAGAGAGAUAGAGAAAGGGAGAGAGUAUAUAUAAAUG